AUGGCUGAUAAAGUGUACGCAAAUCCGUUUUACCGAAUCGUUCAAGAGCAGUCCAAGGUCUUUAGUACAGCCGUAGAUGAUUUAUCCAUUAUCGCAGAUCGCGAGUUUGUGCGGAGGAUGCAUCAGAGGGUCCUUAAGUGCUCCACGAAGUGCUGUAACAACACCAAUGACAGUGCCUUAGCUGUGGAACUCUGCGUUGAUCGUCACUUGCCCAGGCCAUUGCCAGCGGAGACUGACAUCAAAGGGACUCUAACAAAGUUCAUGAUUCCCAUAGUGGACUGCAUGUUUCACUGUCGCUACACAGAGAGCUCUUCCACGGCUUGUGCGGUUAAGUGUAUGAAGGAAGUGCCGCAAUUGAUAGAGGACAUGUUUGGCGGAGAGAAAAAAUUAAAGGGGAAGCAUAACUAA